UUAUUUUGUUAUGUCUGGAUGUUGAUGUUUUUGUAAAAAAUUUAUAUUUCUUACAAGUUCAUACAAAAUAUUUGUAUAAAAAUUAUUUUAUAGAUAUAAUGGUCAAUAGGAGCAUUUUUGAUUUCCCAAGGAUAACAUUUACAUAUUGGCUCAACAGUUUUUUUUUGUAAGGAAUUAAAAAAAUCAUAUUAUAUAAAAUACAUGGACGUGUAAAAAUAAGGAAAUUUAUAUUCUAACAGUAUUAAAGUGAAACCUCAUAUUUGUUUCUCAUGCAAUAAUUAUUAUAUUUUAGGGUCAUUUAACAUACGUAGAUUAAAACCAAUGCUGAACAUUCUCUAAAUUUACAUUGUCCUUAAAAUUAUAACAUAGAUUUGUAAUAUGGGAAAAAAUUUUAAUACCAUUGUAUUUUUGCAUCUCAAAUGUACUUUUUUAUACCACAGCGCCAGUCAUUAGUAUCCGUGUAUUGCACAACUCUGUGCUGCAUAGCAACAUAUAUCAUAGAUUUGUAAUAUGGGAAAAAAUAUUUGAUAACAUACGUAGUAUAUUUGUGUCUCAAAUGUACAUCUUUUCUAUCAUAGAGCAGCCAAUCAAUAGGAUCAGUGUAUCGCACAACUUUGUACUGAGUAGCAGCUUAAAAUAAUUUAUUUGGUGUCUUCAUAUAUUUGGUUAUUUAGUGAAAUUUAGUGAUGAUUUUGUAAAUGUUACUAUGUGUUUUACAAUUUUCAUGUUUUUUUUUUUAGUAUGUGGCAUGACAUUUGAAAUGCUUAAUAAUUUACAUUUUUAAAUGAAGUAAAUAUGGUUUAUAAAAAGUGACAAAAAAUGUAAGAACUUAUGUUAACAUAACCUUUGUUCCCAUUAGUUUACACUUUAAAUUGUGGUAAUUUUUAAUUUGAGGCUAAGGAAUAAUAGUUUAUGGUUAGAGCAUAGUGUAUUUUUUGUGUUUCAUGUUCAUUUUGUGUAAUAAAGCUGCUGAAAAUAAUUUUCUAUCAUAAAAAAAUCACAGAAAGAUGACUCCCAGACCUGCAUUUACAGUAGCAUGAAAAAAAAAUGUUAUCUUGAUUAACACUUUAAUUGUUAUGUUAUUAAAAAAACUACUGUGUAGGUAAUUUAAACAGUGCUACCAUUGAAAUUAUUCAAUGAAUAAAAGGAUUAUGUUUUGAAUGCUUUAAAUAAUGAAGAUAAACAUUUUGCAUAAUAUAAAGCAGUAAGACAGAGUUUCCCCUCAAUCUUCAUUCGAUUUGGUAAGAGUUACUGGGGUGGUUAUUCUUAUCGUCAUUGGUUGGUUAAGUAGUUAUCACGUGGAAUGGCAUGCGAACCUGGCGGAGACUCUUGGUUACAUGGUCGUGACGCGACCUGCGUUGGAGCAAGACUCACGUGUUCCCGAAUUUCAUCAGACCACAGGUUCUGGCACCCGUGGGCUCUUUAGGUGUCGCACAUGCAUCAGUAACUUGGUUGUAAAUAUGGGGUCACUUAAAAUGGUACACUAAGAUAUCUGUUAAGUGUUUAUUCAUUUAAUGCAGCUCUUAUACUUUGUUACCUUAUAAUUAAAAGGCAAGUGAAACUGUUCAAAAGCAUGACAACACAGAAUCGGUUUAAGUUGUGGUCCAGGACACCAUGUGGUCGGGACAUAGUUAAGCUUUCGAUUAAGUUGAAAAAAAAAAUCUGUUAAACUGAAUAAAAAUAAUUAAGUAAAUAGUCUAUCACUCGAAUUUGUCUCCGAGGAAGAGCAAUUAAGGUUUAGAAAUAUUUAAGCGAAUGGCAGAUGUGACUGUAUCAGUUAUGAAAAAAGUUCAAGUCCUUGGAUUGUGGUAAGCAUCCUACCAUGGGUGAUGUUCAGAGACUGGGCUGAACGCUGCACUACUGGCUGCAGGUAUUAAACAAAACGGUGGUUAGUGUAAAGGCAAAACAAAAUGAACCCAUCAAUAAAUUGCUUAUAAUUAGCAAAUACUCUCAUAUUAUUUUUAUUUACUUAUUAAGUUUAUUUUAAUUAAGCUUAAGUGGCACUGAUUCUACAUGACUCAUUUUACAGAACACACGUGUGCAGGAUAUUUCAACAAUGUGGGGGCAUGGAGGAUGCGUUGAGGUGAAAUGUCACUUCGGGAUCUUAGGAGGCUAGGCAACAUUAAUUCUGAUCGCGUUCCCCCCAACCCUCCCAAAUGUAUCCUAAAGGAAUCUGCUGCAGUACUAUCUUCAUCACGUUGAUAUUGGUGAUGUGGGUGGGGACAGUGUUUACAUUUAGCUAGCAGGUACUGUUUACUAGAGCUGUACCGAUUCACAAAUUUUUCCAGAUAUGCCGAUACAACUGCUGCAGAUUUACCGAUUCCGAACUGAUACGGGGGAAAACACAUUGCUGUUAAAACAUUUUUAUAAAUUCACUAAAUUACCCAACAUUUCUCAUUCUAAGAAAAGAAUGCAAUGCAUGUAGUUUAGUUUGCAUAAACAAAAGUUAAUUAAAAAGAAAGAAAUCUUAAGAUGAACUAAAUGGGAUUUCUUUUUUGAUACCAGCAAUAAUAUUAAUACAAAAACAAGUGAGUGCUUGCUUAAAGUUCACUGUCAUUAAACAUUUUACAAUAAACAAUUGAACACAAUUUACAUAGCUAUACAUUGGCUCAUCAUAGAAAACAUUUAACUAAACUAGCAUCAACUACAGAAUUCUUAGAUUUUAUUAAGAAAACAUUAAUAAUUUUUCAACUAAUAUGUUUUAGUGCCAUAAAAAAAUACCACAUGUGUUGAAAAGUCUUUUAGAUGUAACACUGGUAAACACAGGUACUUUGCAGCAGAAAGACAUAAUUUCUGUUUUACAGAAAUUAUUUAUUUGCACUAUCACCUUUGAUUUUACAGUUCUAUAAAAAACCAUGUCUGGUCUAAAUUUUAUGAUUCAUAUAAUGUGGACUUUAUAGUUGUGGACUUUAUAGUUGUGGACUUUUUAGUUGUUCAGCUAGCUACGUAUUUGUGUAAUGAUAUCAAUCUUUUUUUUUCCAGUAAAUUUACAAAAAAAAAAUCUUUUAAGUACCCCUGAUGGUUCUAUCAGGGGCUUAUACUUAUACUUAAAUCUAAAAAAAAAAAAUUUCCACUAACUUUAUAAAAGAAACAAUAAUAUGUUGUACUACUCAUUUAUUUCACGUUAUAGAAAACAUGUAAAAGUACUAAUCAAGCAUGAUAAGAUUAAAUGGACUAGAUCUAUUAAUGAUAAUAUCAAGUCUAGCCCUUAGAAUUUCUGGUGCUUUGUUAAACUAAUGAGACAUGGUUUUUACGAACAAUCUGCUCUUACAUCUUACAGUUAAUGAUCCUGUUGUGAUAACUAAUGUCUUUGCAGAAUAUUUAGCCAGUGUUUAUGGAUCUGCAAACAUUCUUAAUCAAAACAAAACCUUCAAUCCUUGUUGCGAUACUAUUUCAGUUCCUACAAUCUUUGAUAUUCUAGUACUCUGGGGAAUUAAGUUCCUUAAAUAUUUCAUGUACUGCGGGUCUGAUGGUGUUCCAAAAUUUUUAUUCAAAGGGUGUUUGUUUUUUACUUGUACCUCUUCUUUCUCACAUAUUUAAUGUAAGUUUAAAGACGCAAGUCUUUCCUAAAUCUUGGGAAAUAGCAAAGGUUAUUCCUAUUCAUAAAAAUGGAAGCAAAUUAACUGUAUCUAUAAUUAUCAUCCAAUAUCUCUGCUUAAUGGUUUCUCAAAAAGGUUUUGAAAAAGUGAUGUUAAAAAUAUUAAAUUUCUCACUAAAAUUAAACUCUUCUCUUAAUCAACAUGGGUUUAGAAAUGGUAUGUCCACUACCACCAAUCUUAUUUCUUUUCUUAAUCCUGUCUAUUACCAAGUUAUGCAUAGAGGUCCAGUGGAUGCUUGUUUUUUUGACCUAGCUAAGGCUUUUUAUAUUGUUAAUCAUGGAAUUUUACUUUACAAAUUAUUUAACAAUGGUCUCCGUGACAGUUUUGUAAAUUGGUUUGCUAGUUAUCUAAAUCAUAGAAGUUUUUUUGUCUCUAACAAUUGUUGCUCUAACAAUAUUAAUAUUUGUUCAGGUGUCCCCAAGGUGAUACCCUUUCCCCCUUACUUUUCAAUGUUUCUAUCGAUGAUAUAACCUCUGUUCUCAACCGCUCUAAUGGUGUUUUAUUUGCAGAUGAUCUGAAGAUUUUUUCUACUAUUAAUACUUUAAAUGAUUGUACUUUCCUUCAAUGGGACAUCAAUUCAAUUAAUUACUGAUGUAAAUUUAAUUUAGUAGCACUUAAUAUUAAUAAAACAAAAGUUAUUUCUUUUAGUAGGAAAUAUUAACCUAUACUUUUUGAAUAUAAAUUAGAUAAUGUUGUAUUACCUAAAUAUUUUUCUGUAAAAGAUAUGGGUAUUUUUUUAGAUGCUAAAUUGUUUUUUCACCAACAUAUAUAUAUUUAUUCUCUAGUUCAAGAAGAACCCUAGCUUUAAUCAGUUUAAUAUUUAUUAUGCUACCAAUCCUGAAUCAAUUUUUUCUCAUUAUUUCUCACUUAUAAGGUCAAAACUUGAAUAUUGUUCUGUAGUUUGGAAUUCUAUCAACUCAACUGAUUGAGAGAGAAUUGAAAAUAUACGAACUAAACUAAUCAAUUUUAUGAAGCUAAAACAUUUUUCUUCACCCUUCCUACCCUCUCUCAUAGAUUGUAGAGCCUACCUUGAUGCAAUUUUUAUAAAGAACUGUUACAACUCCAAAAUUAUUUAUCAAUAUAUUCUUGAUAAUAUAGGAAUUAGAGUUCAAUUCAUAGCGGUUUGAUGUCUAUGUUAUGUACUUUGCAUAAUAAGAAUAUCAUUUAUAGAUUAAUCUCAAAUUUCAAUAUACUUCAACUCUUAUCAAGUAAACUUGUGAAUUAAAUUACACAUCUCGAUAUGUCCUUAAAAGAAUUAUUGUUUACUUUCUUCAUUCUAAUUAUUCUUGCAAUGUUUUUUAUUGAUAAAUUUAUAUUAAUUAUAUUGGUAGAUUCUUGUUGGUUUUUUAUUUCUCGUUUUCUGUUUGUGUUUCUGUGUAAUUUUAUGUGUAUACUUUGUGUAAAUUAUAUACGUUUGUAUUUGGUUCUGUUUUUUGUUGUCUUUGCAGGUAUGUUACGCUCUCUCCUUGUGUAUGUUGGCUAACUGCGGUUAUGCCUACCUGUUGCAGAUUCUCCUCAGGUAGUGCUUGCCGGCUCUUGGUGCCGACGCGAGGGGAGUGUGUAUGUACCUUCAGAGACCAAUGUUGUUGUAUGUAUAUCUUGGGCCCACCGAUAAAGCCAUCAGCUGUUGGUGGGCAUGCGACAAUCACAAUUAAAAAAAAUCUCUCAAACUGAUAUUCGCAACUGCACAGUUGUGUGUUUAGUCUAGCCACAAACUAAGCAUUCUCCGUUUUCAGUCGAAAAAACGGAAAAUAACAAAUUUUUUUUUUACUUGUAACUUAAGUUUGUUUUCAUUUGUUUGUUGACAACCUGUUAUUUGCUUAAUAAAACAUGAAUUUAAUAAUAUAAGCUGGAUAAUUUAAUUAUUCAAUAAAAUAAGAAUAUUUAAUAAUAGGUAACUAUGAAAUAUAUUGCUUCACGAAAUACAAAAUUUAGAAACAGAAUUUAAAUUGUGCAAGAAUACGAGACUUUGUACAUGUUUAUAAUUCAAGAACUGGAAUUCUAAUAUCAACUGAACAUGUGUGGCGGUGAAAAUUUAUGGUACCAAACGUUUAAACGGAAAUGUGUUUCAUGUUAUUGCUUUGCACUGAAUACAGUAAAAGUAAUUUAUGUUAUGUGAAGCCCUAUGUUAUUGCGUUGUUUUUAGUUGAAUUUUAAAAACUUUACGUAAUUUAACUUAAAAAUGUCUGCAUCACAAUAUUACAAACGUUUCUUUGCAGUUUAAGCAGUUUUUUUCCUUAUAUAAUUAUACCGUGAUGGUUAUAUGUUUAUUUACUAUGUUUUAGAUUCAUGAAUGUUAGGAUGUUCAAGUUUGAUAUGUAUGGCUGAAACAUGCAGCUAAGAAAUGGUGCGAGUUAAAAGUAUGUAGUUGUAUGAAAAUUGAAAAAGGUACUGGUGGAUUUCUAGAUUAAUACUGACACUUUCAUUUUUCAAUAAUAUAGGUCGAAAAUUAACAAGUAUAUCAUGAAUCUGUAGAAAUGCAGAUUCAACUAAUAUAGGCAAAAUCUGCUUCUGCCAAUUUGUAUCAGUAUAGCUGUACUGUUUUCAUCACUGAUGUCACUACAGUGUUUAAAUUGAUCGUGCAUGGUUAAGUUGUACUCCUUUGUUGACAUUUGGUGUGCAGCAAUAUGUACAUUUGCAGUUGUGGUCUUGAUGGUAUACAUGAAUAUGCUGGGGGACACAUAGUAUGGGGGCUGAGUUACCCACCAGUGCUACUUGGUGGCUGUGGCGACGUCCCUGCGGUGGUGGCCAUAGUGCCGGUCGACGGGUGUGACUGUGGUCAAGGUUUACAUGGUUUGGGCUACUCAGUGUGGGCGAACAGCAAGCGCGCGUGGCAAUCUGCAUGGUAUGGUUUGGCCUGCCAGGCAUGAUAGCUCUUUGAGGUUGUCCGUGACAGGCUGGUGGAAGUUACGUUUGGGCUUCCUGACGCUAGGCUUCUGAGCAUCACAGCAUUUACCUGCACUGUGUCAGGCAGGUACUAAGACACAAGACAAUGCAGUGACAGGCGAUUUCUCUGCUCAGCGUUGCAACUUGGUCAACUUGCAACACGCGUGAUGCAUCGUAGGUGGCCAGGCAAGGUGGUGGUGUGUCGGUUGUGUGACGCUAUGCGUCGGAGGAAGGUGCAACAUGCGACAUGUUAGGUGAGGGCUUGGAGAAUGGACUGGUUCGGAAUUUAUUCUCAAUUGAUUUGAUAGGCAUCUUGGCGGAUUGGCCUGUGGGGAGUCCGCUACAGCUUCUGUAUGAUACAGGCGGGCAUCUGUCUUCGCUCAACCAACUGCCGCAAAGCCAGGCAGUCACAGAGGAGCGAACACAGGUGGUGGAGCUACAUUCUGGCAUUGCGUCAAGGUGCUGGACAUGAUGUCACAAAAUGGGAUGUACAGUGAAACCUCGUUAAUAAAAUACAGAUUAUUUCAAAGUUCGCGUUUAUUCGAACACUUUUAAUUCCCCUUCAGACUGGGAUAGCAUAUUUAAUGUCAAUCAAUACGGUUAAUACGAAAUAUUCGUUAUUAUGUAUUACGAAGUAACCUCACGUCCGCUCACGUAGAGUACUAUUGUUUUAUUAUCGGAUAAACCGAAUGAAAUUUUAGAACAAGAAUCGCACACUUUAAUCACGUGCACGCAGUUUCACUAUAAUUCUGUUAACGGCAAAUAAUUUGUACGGUAAAUGGUCUACAGUCAAACCUCUAUCUAUCGAACUCGCAUGUAUCGAUUGUCCGUGUUUAUCAUAUACUUUCUACGGUCACGGCAAAAUUGCCAUACAACUAAGGUUAAAAAAGUCCGCUUGUACCGAUGUUCGAAUUAUCGUUUUGUCCGCAUUGAUCGUACAAAAUAUGUGGUCCCGUCACUAUAAAUUAUAAUAGAUGAUCGUUUAACCAUAAAGAUUUUGCAAUAAUAACCAUUUCUUAGAAAGAAACCGUCAUAAAAACAGUAACGAUAGUAUACAGUAGUAAAAAUCAACUUAAAUCUGCAGCCAAUUAAUGGAGCACGUAAAUAUGAAGAAAAGACAAAUGAACAACAACUUACGAAGAAAUUGGAUGAUGUACCAUAACUACAGUACAAACCCAAUUGUUAUCCUAAGAUAAUUACCAUAAAAAGAACUAAAGAUUCUUUGUCGAUACCAUAAUUACUACAGAAGCACGAUAGCUACCACAUUUGCACUACAGUUACCGUAACAACAGAGAUGUAUAUUUACCGUGACGGUAAUGUAUUUAUUUAUGACAUAUUAAAAAUAAAGAACAUUAUUGAAAAAUAGGAUGUUAAAUUUUUAUAUGUACGUUUGGCACAUGUUGCGAAGAAAUAAUGCGAUCUGAAAAAAUGCAGUACUACUACGAAAAGCGAAAAGGGUAAUCGUGGAUUUUUAGGUUAUGGCAGUCUCUCUCGUUUUUCAGUAAUAUCGGCCGAAAAUUAACAAGCGUAUCGGAAGUCGGCAGAAAUGCCGAUUCAACUAAAUAUUGGCAAAAUCGGCUUCUUCAGUACAGCUCUACAUUUGAUGACAUGAGUAAACAUAUUUCAGACUUCAGAAUAUUGAAAAAGACUUUAAUUUCCAUGUAGAUUUAUUGUGCGUAUGUUUUUUUUUGCAAGUGUAAAUUGAAUUAAGUAAAAUACUUCCAGUUUUAUUUAUUUUUCAACUGAUUUAACUUUAAUGACAAGUAACUGAUAUAUUUCUGACACUAAUUUUGAGGUUGAAAUAUUUUUUAAAAAUUCUUAGAGUGAAGUCCACUUCAGCAUUAAUUGUCUUGGAAAAUGUUCUGGCUGCUAGUGAUGUAGACACUGAUGUCUUGUCUUCCUUCGACAAACUUUGCAGUGCAGUAAAGGACAUUUAUGCAACUAAAAAAGUGCAGAAAAAAUCAAUGAAUUUUUCAAGCCUCUUUAAUUCUCUAUUUGACUAAUUUUCGAGUAAAAAAUCAAUACAUGAUUUUGAAUAUUAUUAUUAAUGUGAGCAUAUGCACCUGUUAAUACAAACCUCGUUAAUACAAACUGCAAAAUUUUAGGUCCCUUCAGGUUUGUAUUAAAGAGGUUUCACUGUAAAUGUUGAUUGGGGGGUGGUAAUGUGGCAGGGAAAGUUGUUGGGAUGACAGCAAAACCAGGCGGUGUUGGUAUCAUGAUGUGGGAUUUGGAGAUGAUACAUCUGGCAUCUGUGGUGAGUUGGGCUGUGCCAAGGCGUGUCUUCGUGGUGUCGGGGUUGAGGUUUGAAAGGUGGAGGCAUAGUCGGGUGAUGGCGGGGUCGUUACGGAAUCAGGUGUCAUUGUUGACAUGAAGUGAGUCAUUGACAGUGCUGUGGAUUGCGGCAAGACUGUCUGUGACUUUCAUAAUUUGUGUGGCUUCAGCAAUGCAGGCAUCUUGCUGGCAAGUGGUGUCAAGACAGGUAACAGGGAAGGAGACACUGAUGCGGAUUUUGUUGUCUCGAUGGUGAGUUUAAUGAGGUGCUGUUUUGUGAUGGAACAGAGGUUGUCGUCAGAACGAAGGGCAUCAGCGGUUCACUGUGUGUAGGGGAAGGUCAGGAAGAAGGGAUUGUCAAAAGGAAAGUUUGUUUCGUUGUGGUGUACAGUACCUCAUCUGAAUGACAGGCAACACACGACGAGCACUUGAAUACGAAAUACCGCAGUAGUUUCAUUUGUUCAGUCUCACAAAUGCAGCCAUGAUGCCACAGGUUGCUACAUUCGCCACAGCGGUAGUUCUCUCUGCUUCUUUCAGGGCACGACCUCUCUCCGCACGUUAUAUUGUAGAUGCGGUACUCACAACAGUAAUCUUGUUUAUACUUCGCUGGGAUUCUGCACCCUGCUUUUUUUUUAGGUCUGGAUAACAGUGACCUAAACACUUGUUGUCAUACAUGUUUACACUCAUGCUAACACUUAUGUACAGUCUCACAUACGGUUGCAUGAACAGUCUCCUUCACCUCUUGAUGUGAUGCGCAGCCACAUGGUCGGGAGUUUUUACCACGUGCACAUGAUGAUCACGUGAUCCGCCACCGACAGAAAACCUUGAGGUCAGCUGCGCGCUCAAUGAUGGUGGUUCUGCUUAUUCCAUGGCACAGUUGCAUUACUCACAAGAACUCUGAUCUUUGUGCCCAGGUACACCUAUCCCUCACUUAGCCUGACUAAUUUGUUCCUAAAAAUGCUCGUGUUAUUCGAAAUCGCGUAUUCUGAAGCAUUAGUUUCCAUAAAUAGCAAGGCUAAUUUAUUUAAUGUGUUCCAAAAUUGUGCAGGAAUAUACUUUAAAUAAUAUAAAUGGGUUGAAUAACACUCAACUAUAAAUUAGUCACACCAUUUAUCUUUACAUGCCUCUAAUCACACUUUGUAUGACAAAUACGACACUGCAUAAUGGAAGAUACAUGGUUAUGUACUUCAUCGUCAGUUGGCUGGCCGACUUGCCUGCCUGGGCGUGACCUACAACUUACGUCGCAUACUUUUCCAAAACAUCCUUUACUGGCAGUGAAACCGGUAUUACUGUCGGGAUAAUUUUAAUUUUAUUUUUCAAAAAUCAAAGUGCUUAUUCGCGUAUCACAAGGUGUCUAGUGACCGGGAAAGCCGGGAAUUGUACGGAAAUUAUAACUGCCAGGAAAAAUCCGGGAAUUGUAACAGGAAUUUUUCAUAAAUCCGGGGAUAAAAACAAAGUUUUAUUAAAACGUGUUAUGCUGCAUUUCAUUUCUGGAUCAUCAUCGCUGACCAACAAAUACCGUUAAAAACUAUCAAUAAGUUUUAAGUGGGACGCGAGUCUUCACAGGUCCAUGCGGCACCCGGAGACAGCGCGAUAGACUUGGCAACACUGCUUGUGUGACUCACCCACGCGAGCGCACGCACACACACCAGUUCACAAUCUCUCGUUCAGACGUCUGGCGCCGUCUAACAGCAUUCUGCCGCCGUUUUCCGCUAUCCAGUGUUUGUGUUUCGUUGCAAUGCGUGUAUGUGGAUUAUUAAGUAUUUACAGUAAAACGGACUUGAAAUGGCUCGUCGGGUGAGAGGGAAAAUUUCGUUUCAAACGGAUUGGAAAGUAGAAUUCCCUUGGGUUGAAGACAUCAAGGAUGAUCGUCACUCUGCUAGGUGUGCAGUCUGUGGGACUACUUUUUCCAUUACUUCCAUGGGAAGAACAGCUCUUACAAGCCAUGCCAGUGGAAACAAGCAUAAGAAAAAUGUGAAUAGUGUAGAUAAGACAGCGCCAAUUCAAAUUUGGGCUACUACAUCUGCCCCUGAAACAUCUAAAGCAUCUGAACCUUCACCUUUACCAUCUUCAUCUGUAAUUCAACCUUCGUCAGCUGCUGUUAUUCCUGGUGCGAGUAUGAAUCUACCUGCUGAAGAUUCGUUAAUCCCGAAAUCUGCUUCUACAACCCGCUGUUUGGAUAAUUUUCUUCUUAAAGACGAUGUGACUCGUGCCGAAGCUUUGUGGUGUCUUGAAACGGUGAUGAAUCAUAACUCCUUACGCAGCGCUGCUAGUAGCGUAAACAUGUUCAAGCGAAUGUUUCCCAACGAUCGUGUUGCAAACAAUAUGAAACUUCAAAAAGAUAAAAUUUCAUAUGUCAUAGUUUAUGGACUUGCUCCUUAUUUUUAUGAUAAGUUGAAAAGUGUUUUGAAAGAGUGUGAACAUUUCGUGUUGGGUUUUGAUGAGAGUGUGAACAAAAUUGCACAGAAACAACAGAUGGACUUGUCUGUCAGAAUUUGGGACUCAAAUGUAAAUAAAGUUAUGUGUAGGUAUGUAACAUCCAUCUUUUUGAAUCACGCUACAGCUGAAGAUCUCUUACAAGCCAUGAAAACUGGCUUGGAAGGAUUUGACAUGAUGAAGAUUAUCCAAUUAUCAAUGGAUGGUCCUAACGUAAAUUUCAAAGUACUUAGGCUUUUACAGCAAGACAGCAGAUCUGACCCAGAAUCCCCACAGUUACUAGAUAUUGGUUCUUGUGGUUUACACACAGUGCACAAUGCCUUUAAGACAGGCAUCAAGAAAUCUGGUUGGGAGAUAAUUGAGUUUCUUAGAGCCCUUUACAAUUUGUUUAAAGAGGCUCCAAGUCGACGAGGAGACUAUACAGAGGCUUCAAACUCACACGUGUUUCCUUUGAGGGUUUGCUCAAUUCGUUGGAUUGAAAAUGGCAAAGUAGCGAGGAGAGCAAUGGAAAUAUUGCCACUUGUUGAAAAAUAUGUCAACAUAGUCAAAACCACAGCAAAGGAACCAUCUUGUAAUAGCUUUUCUGUUGUAUGUAAAGCCCUGCAAGACAAACUCCUGCAAGCGAAAAUAGCUUUCUUUGAGGCACUGGCAAGUGACGUUGAACCAUUUUUGGUAGAAUUCCAGUCUGAUUCUCCAAUGGCACCAUUUCUUUUCGAUUGUUUGACAUUUAUUGUAAUGACUGCUAUGAAAAGAAUUGUGAAAACCGAGAUUAUUGAGAAAACUCCUCUUCACAAAAUUGAUGUUUUCAAACAGAAUGCAGAUAAGACUUUUGUAAAUCUCAAGGAUGUGAAACAUGUUGAGCUUGGUUACAGUACCCGUGCAGCACUAAGGAAGUGUAAGAAUGCCUCUGAGAAAGAUAUUUUAAUUUUCAGAAAAGAGUGUCGGAAUGUCCUGCAAUUUUUUGUGAGUAACCUGUUGCUGAAGUCUCCUCUGAAGUAUUCUCUUACCAAGGCUCUUACUUUUUUGAACCCUUAUCAUAUUUCUUCCAAAGAUAGUUGUGUAAAACAACUUACUACUGCUCUUGACCACCUCCUUACGGCCAAUCUUCUGCCAGCUAGCACUGUUGAAAGGGCUGAUAGAGAGUACAGGUUUCUUUGCUCGCAAUCAAAUGUCAUUGAAGAAAUGAAAACCUACUCUAAGUCUGAAACUCGCUUGGAUACCUUCUGGGUGCAGUUUAUAGAAGGAAAGAAGGAAUAUGAGAACCUCUUUAAAGUAGUCAAACUACUUUUAAUUUUGUCUCACGGCAGUGCUAACAUCGAACGAGGAUUUUCAGUGAACAAAGAAAUUUUAGUCGAAAAUCUGAAAGAACCAUCACUCAUAGCCCAGCGUCGUAUUUUUGAUUUUGUUAGUAAUGAGCCGGGUGGACUGAUGAAGCUAGACAUUCCUAAAGCCAUGAUUCAUGCAGUGAGGAAUGCUUAUUCCAUGUACAGUGAGGCACUUGCAGAGCAGCAGUGUGCAAAUAAGAAAAUUUUCAAGCUAGCGGAAGAAAGAAAACGUGCAGCUACUGAGAUCAAACAGCUUGAGGCGAAGAAACUCAUGUUGCUUGAGGAUGUACAGCGUGCAGUAUCUGCCAUCGAUGAGAAGGUGAAAGAUCUUAAAAAAUAGUAUAGGGCUAUGUAUUGCAUGACACUAUACAGUUAAACUUCUCACAGUUUUGUACUAGUGUGACUAUGGACCAAACAAGCUGCAAGACAAUUACUAUCGAACCAUGACAAAUGAAAAAUUCCAAUGUUUUAAUAAUGAAUUUGAAGUUCCAACAUUUCCAGUGAGAAGGUAGGCCUGCAUAUGUCUUUGAUGUUUAUAGCAUCUUUAGAUGAUCAUUUUGUUAAAAUGCUUUUUCUCAUUACAUACAGUAGUAAUUUAGUAAUUUAUUGCAUUUGUUCAAUUUUGCAUGUACUAUCAUGAUUUUGGGGUAAAAUUUUAUUGCGUAUGAUUUACAUGUAUUCUUUUCAUUUUUGACAUGUACAGGAAUGUACAGGAAUUGUACAGGAAUUUUUUCUGAUCAUUUCCCUAGACACCCUGUAUCACCACCUGGUUCACACCAAUCCUGUCAAGCCAAUUUUUUUUCAUUGCAACAUUCAUUUAACAACCUUUUCCACGUAAAUCAUCUGUUCGUUUCUGCUCCGGUAUCUAAUGUCAAAUAUAUUCCCGCUAGUACAAACAACAGCAUCAGACUUAUAUCAACUUUUGGUAAGAGUCCUUAUUUCGUACGAUUGUGCGCACAGUUAACUUGCUUAAAACUAAAGUGCUACCAACAUAAGCGUGGCCAUCAUGACAAUCUGUGUGCCGUAAUACUUCUAGUUUUGUCUCAAAUACUUGAACACUAUGCAUUAUGAGUGAUCAAGCACGUACAGUUACCGGCAGCUGAAUGGGCAUAGUGCUUUUGUCUGAGAGAAUUCCCUGCCACUGGCUAGACUGAGUUCACGGUCCGGUCUGUGGCCAAGCGACAACGGUACGGCACGGCGGCAUACGCGCGGAUGUAAAAAACAUUUGGUCCUUUACUUUCCAUAGCCGCAAUUUAACUUGCCACAGCUGAUGUUUGUACAACAGCCGAUAGCGUAGACAGACCUGCGCACGAUUCUCUUCCACCCCCUUGUUUGGCUAAAUGUUUCCUACAGCACAUGUUCACAGAAGUUGAAACAGACUUCGUGGUGUCGUGCUCGACUUUUUUUUUUGCCUGCCGAGAUUUCGUGCUAACUGAAGUUUACAGAUGUGCUAUUUGAGACUGGGGCAGUAAAAUUAAAAUAGCGCUAAAUGAAUUCACAUAAUCUGAAGCCGUGCUAAGUGAGGGAUAGGUGUACCUAUUGUCUUGCCUCAUACACUUGGGUGACAUGUCAUGUUUUAUGCAGCUAAUGAAUAUUUUAAGCAUAAACUGACAUGGCUGGAAGUAGGGGAGGUAAAACAGAGUGCAGGAUUCACUGACAUCUUGAAUUUUUUUUUGCCUUGUGUACUGUUUAACGAGACCUGUCAUAUUUUUCUGUCUGCCCUGUGUACUUUCAUUGGGUUAAUAUCACUCAAUAACAAGUAAAAUUUACCUGCUAGUGAUCAUAUUCACUAUUAUAGUUAUUGGAAGCCUUUUUAGGCAGUUUGUUGUCUAUUCGUAAUGGAUGUCUUGAGGUACGCACCUUCUGAUGACACGUCACGUGAUAACUCUGAAGAAGGAAGGAAUUGUGGGACAGAAAACAGUUCCUGCAUAAGGUUGCAAGGAAGCAUGUAAUAAAAUUUUCUGUUUCAAGUAUUAAAAUAAUGGUGCAAUAUUGUUUCGUCUCUUAUUGUAAGAGUUUAUGUUUUACGUCUGAAAUAGCAUUUCAAACCUUUCGAAAAGAAACAUAGCGUUUUGAAUUAUGGAAAAUAAAUGUUCGCAGGGGCGAUAGCAUAAGUCCAAAUCUCGGCACAUAUGCGUGUGUGCUCAAAACACUUCGUCGCUGCAGAUUACAGAAAGGUUGAUUGCAGUGGUAAGUUUUUAAAGAAGAAUACAAUUCCUAUUACUUUUACUUUCACUUUGCCAAGGAAACUAAAACCCCCGCAAAGAAAACUUUGUUAUAGAUUAAAUUUAAGUAGGUCUAUAAUAUGAAAGUGCUCAUGUCCAGAAACUAUUUACUGAACAAAGAUAGUUUCAUGUUUCUACGAAGCAUUAAUAUUAAAGUCAAGGAAAAUUAAAUGCUUUAAGUAAGAUUAAAACCUAUUAUUUGUCCGGGCAGCAUAAACCUAAUGACUGGUACUAUCUAAUUAGAUUCGUAUAACAUAACUUGCUAAUAGGCAAAACAAAUGUAGCCGAUAAUUUUUCACAGUUUUUACAUAUUUAUUUUUUCUGCAUCCAAUUAUACAGUGGAUAAGCCAUAUAAAAUCACCUGCAGGAGCAGUAAUUUUUGAAUGUAGUGGCUUUUCUGUAAAAAUAGAAAUAAAAAAUCUGAAAAAGCUAUUUAUUGGUUCAAUGUUGCAGCAAUUUUAAGUAUUAUUUUUUCAUUUAAAUAUAUUUUUUUUUGUUUUUAUUAAUGUUUUUACCUCAUUUCCCUGGACUUUAUUGCCCUCCGUCUGUUAAGAUUUUUUAUAAUCCAGUAGGAAUUUUAAAAUGCCAUUUUUGGGAGAAAUCUAGGAACAUUGAGAGUACCAUUUUUUGAAAUUAUUUUUACAGAAAGACUACAACUCUUCUGCCGCUAACCUUAUUAUUAAAUUAUGUGUGUGUGUGCAAAUACACAGUGGAAAGGGGUUAAGAAAAAUCAGUAUUUUGAAGUAACGUGCCUUUCUCAUGAAACAAAAUUCAAGCAGUUUUUGAGUUAGAAAUUAAUGCUUUAGAACUGAAGAAGGCAGUACCUACCUAUAUCCAAGAUAUGAGAAUUAAAAGUACAUUAAAAUAUAUGGGACUGGGGAUGUUUAAGCCAUCACUAAAACUAUUUCAGCUUUACUAAUACAUCCUUUAGAAUAAAAUGAAAUGUAUUUUAGUUCUCAUUAUAACUUUAUUGUAAUAGACAAUAGAUAUACUGGUUUUCUGGGUUAUACACUAGUGAUUUAUUUUGUAGGAAACAAUUUUUUUUUAUUAUUUAGCCAACAAUUGUCAUAUAAUUGACACGUAAACACUGGAACAUUUAGCAAACAAGACAUAAAUAAUGAUAACUAUGUACCCUGCUUCAUCACAUAGUAUACGUGAUUUCAAAACCAUUAGGUUUUUUCUCUCCAUGAAAAUAUAGAUAUAGAUAUAUUGGUUCUUUUUUCUUAGCCAUGGAUAGCAAUAGGCUUUCACAAAAAUGUCCUUCCCACAUGUUGCUGUCUAUAUGUUUUCAUAAUAAGUGAAGACACAAGUAAACUUUUCUUCUCUAUUUUUGAAAGCCUCCAAUUCUUGACAAAGCACAUCGAAUUAAUUCAUAUUUGAUAAGGAUAAUUUAUUUAUUUUAUUUUGUUUCAUUCCCACCAAUAGUCUAGUGAUUUAAGUGUUAGGCACGAUAAAUACAAACAUUGGACAAAAUAUAGUUGUUGCAAUUGCGUGGCUACUGCCAACUGGUAAACACCAAGCAGGUAGGCACUACAUAACAGAGGACAUUUCAACAAGUUGUCCACAACAAUUCUUUCAAUGCAUCUUUUCCAUUAUCAGGGACUGUUUGUUUACAUUCUUUGUCCCAUAGUGGACAGUGUCACUUUCACUGGCAGUUAUUUGAACUUAUUGGUUCUGUCCCAUUACAAAUCAUUUAUUUUUAUUUUGGUAUUUAGAGGAGUUUUUUUAUUUCUUUGAUCAUUAUUGUUUAUUUUCAUCUUGUUGUUUAUCUUGAUAUGAUGCUAAUAAUGAAACUCUCAAAAUUUUGUGUGAUUUAAAUUCAUAUUAAUUUUGGACAUUAUUGCAAUUUAAUACCAGUUUCAAAGCAUUUUUAGGCAUCUAGCAUUUUCUAACAUGUUUAGAUCCAAUGCUUUUAUUUAAUUUGAAUCAUAUACUUUUCUAAACUUUACCACAUUUAUGCACAUAGUCAUGUCUCCUUGUCACUGUGUUUGGGGGUUUAUCACCUUAUUAUAGUCAUGUCAACAUUUAUUCCACUAAUUUUUCGGUUGUGUGUGAAACAUCUUUUUGAAUUGAGAAGUUGUAAAUAAAUUCGAACUUAAAAAUUUCUGGCCUAGUCAUUGGCUGGUGGCACUCAAAUCAUCCAGGAAAUCUACAAUUUAUUAUCAUAGUAACUUCAUCAUUGUUGAUCUCAUAAUGCUGCUCUCUCUCUCUCUCUCUCUCUCUCUCUCUCUCUCUCUCUAGUGUUUUAUUUGGGGAGGGGGAGAGAGGAAAGAAAGCAUUACAACUGUUGCAAUACCAAACUGUUUACAGAUAUCAAAAUUUUUGUUACAAACAUGUAAAGGGUUCAAAUGAUCUAUGCUUUACCGAAUAAUAAACCAUUUGGUAUAAAUGGAUGGUUACUAAUGAAAAAAAAAAAUUAUUUUGCAACUAAAAUUCAUGAUAGAAUUAUUUGAUUAUUGCAUUUUUUAACAUUUUUUGUGUACU